GCCCGUCCACACCGCGUCUGAGAGAGAACCCCGCGCCAGGCUCGCGGCGGCCCGUACCGCACGACAGAGCUCACCCAGCUGGUCCAGUACGGCCAACGUGUCCAAACGAGCUCUAGUUUUCGAACAAUUUGUGUCGUUUUCGCCCCCAACCGUCCUGUGCGCGUCAAGAAAAAAUCCCCGUCAAGAAAAAAGUCUUCGGACUGCCAGAAAAGUUUUCCAGGGCGCACGCCUCCUGGAUAAUGACAGUGUCGCCCUGGAGUGGACAUCCUAGUGUUAAGUCCAUGUAACCGUCAUUACUAGUGAAGUAACUUCAGUGAGUGCUGUGAAGGCCAGAAGGCGCCAGAAGGGGGACCCUCGUCCCGUGGCAAGUUGGACGCCAAGCACCCUGUGCCCAGUGUCAAAGUGCCAAACAUGUCGAGUGUCAGCCGGUCUGGCUCGCCCACCCCCAGCAUGGACAGCGACGUCAGAGUUCCUAUGGAGCACGCCGAGGACGCCCUAGGGCUGCCCCUCCCGCUCCCCCUGCCGCUGACGCUGCCCGGCCUGCAAGGCGGCCUGCAAGGCGCCCCCGGCGGCUGGCACAUCCCCAGGCCUUCCCUCAGCGGCGGCUCCGGCUCCGGAGUGUCGGCCAGCGGCUCCAGUGGCUGCAGCGGUAGCGGCGGCGGCAGCGGCAAGGGGUGCAAGGGGUGCCACGGCAGGCACUCCACGUCCUCCCAGGGAUCCAGCCACGGGUCCAGCUCCGCCAGCACCACCAGCAGCAGCAACAACAGCACGCAGAGUGGAUCAUCAGGAGCUUUGCUCCUAACAGCUGCUAACCUUGCAGCACUACGCCUUGAAUCAAUGCACCCCAACGACAAACUUGGAAAGCCUUUAGACACAAUGUCUGUGGCCUCGUCAACCCAUUUCACAGUGGUCAACGGAAUUACAAGACGUACGGAAAAGCCCUUGCCCAAGUGCUGCUGCAGGUCUCACCGCCUUACUGCACUUGUACUCUCUAUGUCAUGUAUCAUCUCCCUUGGAAUCUUUGGAGCAGUGUUUUACAUGGAAAUGCGAGCAAGAAGUCUUCAAGUAAUGUAGAAACUUUCUGCUGCAAAGAGAAACAUCAGCUCAAAUCCCAGUGUUUAACUUGCAUCAAAAAUUAAUUGCUAGGCAAAGGGUAAACCCUUCAACUCAUCUUCAAAUUGUGAUCAAGACAUGACAUCUACAUCACUAGUAUUAUGAAACAUACUCCUUCCUUAAAUACUCAAAGAACAUAUUCUAAGUUAUAUAUUAUGUUAUUUAUUGUCACUGAAAAAAGCUGAGCUGAAUGUAGAAAACUUCAGCUUCAACUCUGUAUAGUAUAUUACUGAUUAGAUUAAGUAUAUUCCUGAAAUUUGAUAUGAAACGCACAGUUUCUAAUUCUCCUUGCAUCUUACCUUUGCAAAAUUGUCAGUUCUAACUUUGCAAGGGUAAGCUGAAGAGAGAAUGAAGAGAAAGAAAAAAUAUAAAAAUGAUACAAAGGCAAUAAAAAUAAUAAUUGUUUGUGUCAUCCCAGUGAUACUGGUCCAAAAUUUAGAAAGAAAAAAAUUGCAGUAUGCACCAAUAGAGCAAGACUAGAUAAAGUCCUUUGAUGAUAGAAGACCGCUAACUAGUGAAGGUAUUACCCAGACUAAACUUGCAAAACUUAAUGAACAUGUCAAACAUAAUUCAAACUUUUUGACCACAAUUUUUUUUUUGGCUCAAUUUCUUAAUUUCUGCUAUGCACUACAUAUCAAAUGAAUCCAAGGAAGUGAUGAUAAAUAAUAGAGUUUCGGAGGUUUUUUUUUCUUCAACUGUGAUAUGGAGGGAAGGAGGCUCUACUAACUGCUGUGCUGGAUCAAGUGAAAAUUCAGAAUAUUGUGAUAUAACCUUCAGAAACAAGUACACGAUAGAGAAAACAGUGUGACAACUAUUCAGAAAAUGUUUGUACCUGUGUGUGUAAAUUCAAUCUAAGAUGAUGAUUUACUGAGCCCCUUUGUCUCCUGAUACCAGCCAUUUAAUUUGCUAGUGUGUGUUUUUAAGUAAUGUGUGUGAGCUAUUCAGACAUGUGAGAUUAAGGUCAAUAUUUAACAAAAGUAAUUAAAUUUUAAGAAAGGACUAUGAUCCAUCCACUUCUGCUUCAAGAAAAAACAAUAAGGAAAGAGGAGAAAGGCUGGAAAGGUUUCCAGACAUUGAAUUAGGAAUUUUUUUUUAGCAGCAUGCCAUAAUAUGAGAAUUGGAAGAUUCCACAUAAACAAAAAGUUGUAAAAGUUAGAAUCUGGAUAAAUUAAAUUAAACAAAUAAAUAGAAGACUUUUGUGUGAUAGUUAAAUAAUAGUCGUGAGGAAUAAAGAAUUUAUCACACAUUCAGCCACAUGCGCACACACACAUGUUCACAUGAAGCUGGUUAUCUCAAAAGGAGAGCUCAGCUUCAGAAGUCAAUAUUAUUUAUCAUGUAUUCUAAAUCUAUAUAAUACUCUAUGAUACUUGUAAUAAAGUGUUUUGAGUUGUGCUUA